AUGUUGAUAUAUCACUCUUUACUUGUUUCGACAAAUUUUACCGCAGGUCCGUUACGUGGUUCAAGCGCUUCUCCAGUCGCCUACGAUGUUCUCAGAAGUGGCAAGCCUCAAUUUUUUGAUAUUGCUUGUGUGGUGGGAGGGUGGAGACGCCCAAAUAUACUUUUCUUGAAGAUGUUUCUCGAGCGUACGCAAUCGCUGCCCCAGCACUUCGUGCAUAGCCUCAUCGGAUUGGUAGAGGAAGUAUUUUAA